AUGGACGUUGAAGAAUUGCUUAACCUCUUCAAUUCUUACUGGUUUGAAUCUGAAAUACUCAAACCCAAACAACCCUUUUCAGCAACAACCUCCAAAACCAAAAGUAACCCAAAUCUUGAAUCCAAUGAACAAAUUCUUGAACAGCCAAAACUUUCAAAAGUUCCAACUUUUAUGGUCAGAUCUCAAAGUGACCAAUGCUUGAGCUCUAAAGAUAGUAGUUUUCAUUCAGAAAACUCACCAAAAUCUGUUCUUGUUGAGCCUAAACUUGAGCCAAUUCUUUCUGGUAAAGAAUAUAAUGAGUUUCAAUGUUCUUCUAAGCCAGGUGUUAAAUGUAAAGAGAGUUAUAGAAGGAGAAAAAAGAAUAGUAAAAGUUUGUCAGAGUUAGAGUUUGAGGAGUUAAAAGGGUUUAUGGAUCUUGGUUUUGAGUUUUCAGAUAAAGAUAAAGAAUCAAGUUUGGUGUCAAUACUACCUGGAUUGAGGAGAUUGGGAAGGGAAAAUGAAGAGAAUAUCAGAUUUGAGGAAUUAGAAGCUGCAGUUUCAAGGCCCCAUCUUUCUGAAGCAUGGGGUGUUUGGGAAAAAAAGAAAAAAAAUCUACUCAAAAGUUGGAAGAUUAAUCCUGUUUUUGGAAAUGAAAUGGAAAUUAAAGAUCAGCUUAGGUUUUGGGCUCAUACUGUUGCUUCUACUGUCAGAUAG